GCAUCUGUUGUCUCAGCUCAGAUGACUUCUUGGAAGAAAGAAUUGGUCAUGUGAGCUCAUUGGGCUGAGAGCCCCCCACCCCACCCCUGCUUUUGAUUGGUAUCGCAGACUGCGUUGGAAAAAGACAAGCCUGGAAGCAGGGACACUCCUACGGAGGCUGAAGAAGUGCAGAGCACCAGUCACUACACCCCCUGAAGGUCCAGGAGAUUGGGUCUAUUGGAAACAACACCUCCCCAGUGGAAAGGACCCUACCAAGUCCUCCUCACCACCUCCGCAGCUGCCAAACUUCAAGGUGUAGAAUUCUGGAUCCAUCUGUCACACCUAAAGCCAGCUCCUGCACCUGAGUGGAUCUCUGAAGCCACCAGAGACCUGCCUGCAAUUCUGCCAAGUCCAGAAGGAGACAGUGUCUGGUGCAGACUGCGUUCCCAAGACCCCAGCCCUGAUCCUGCAGCAGCAAACAGCACCUGAAGUGGACUGCUCUCCCAAGACACCCCCUUCUCUAUGACCAAGUCCCUGUGUGAUAAUGAUGAAAGGCACCCCUGUUAGCACUGCUAUCUGCUUCUCACCUCUGUUAUCAUCGUAAUCCUAAUAUGGGCAAUUACCAAUUAUCUUUCUCCCUCAAUUUUGCUUCUGUUUCCCUUACCCUAGCCCUAACUCUCGCCCUGUCUCCCUUUCAUACUAAUGUACCUUCCUGGAAUAAUAAUGCCAUUGUUCAGUUAUCUCAAACAGUAGCUACUGGGGAAAAAUUAACUAACUGCUGGAUCUGUCAUAACAACCCACAGCAGUCUUCCCCUCGACCAGUGGGAAUACCAUUAAGUGAUGUUUCCCACUGGCCUGGCACUUGUAAUACUGCAGGUGAUAUCUCCAUUCCCCCAGGCAUCUAUAUAAUCCCACCCCAGCCCACUCCAAACAGUCUACCUUGUGUAACUUUCAACUCCAAAAACCUGCUGUAUUACAUGGACAGAUUCAGCAAAAGUGAAGGCAGUCUUCGUGUUUCAGGCAACACUCUUAAGCCUGAUACCCUCCCCCCUCUCACUCUGUCCAACUGGACAGCAUGUAAUUCCUCUGUGCCCACCCCGUCUCCCUGGUCUCUCAUCCUCUCUGCCACCGAUAGGCGCAGCUUUGGGAAAGUCUGCCUCCCUCCAGGUUUUACUUUCCUGUGUAAUAGCUCUGAAGGGUUUAUCAGUCUCUCUUGCCUCCACUCAGUCAUACCCACGGGACAGUGUGCUGUCGGUUUUCUCUCACACCCCAGCCUCACUAUAUACAACUCCACCCGCUUCCAUGCGCGGCCUCGCAGAGCACUUGGCCUCAUCCUGGCAGGAGCAGGAGUCCUCCUAGGCCUCGCUGCCCCUUGGGUUGGGUUUGGAAUACAUGAAAACACCCUCCGAAACCUAACUAUUACACUCGAAAAAAUAGCGUCUGAAACCGGCCAAGCCCUUUCAGGACUUACCGUUUCUCUCAAUUCCCUCGCAGCUGUGGUUAUGGAUAACCGACUGGCUUUAGACUAUCUUUUAGCUGAAGAAGGUGGCGUCUGUGCUGUUGCCAAUACCUCCUGCUGCACCUGGAUCAACACUACAGGACAAGUUGAAACCAACAUCCAAGAAAUCUUCAAGCAAGCCAAAUGGCUUCACGGCAUGAACCAGCAACCCAGAGAUAUAUGGGAAUCAAUCAAGGGGUUUCUGCCUAACACCUCCUGGUUGAAUUCCUUAGUCUCACCACUGAUCAUAUUAAUCAUCAUCCUGCUCCUCAUACCUGUCUUCAUCCGCAUCGUCAGCAGCUUUGUCACACAACGCCUGAAAGCCACCCAGCUCGUUCCCCUCUCCCCUGCAGCACUAGCCUACCAGCCUGUAAAAUCACAAGCCUACUGUACUUGGUCUUCAGGGAGCCCAAGGCCUCCCUUGACCAAAAAGAGGGAAUGUGAAAAUGGAGUGAUUAAUAGCUUCAGUAAUCAACUUGAUCUGAUUGAACUUCCUCUUAAUCCAGGGAACGACAAAGAAGAAACAGAGAACAACUAAGUCAGGCUGACAUACCAACAAUCCUUCACGGUGCUUACUGGGACCUCUGCCCCUGCAGAGAAGAAAGAAGUCAUGCCAACACCAACAAGUCUACUUAUCUUCGCUAGAUAGUCCCACUCCUGCAGAGGCAUCCUGCCUGUCCGCAUUGCAAAGUUAAUGAGACACGGCGGAAGGACAUCCCACUCCAAGCAGCUCCUGUAGUUCACUCUCCGUGGCUCCCCCUCCCUACUCCCACACUCCCCUUUGUUGCUAGUUCCCAUAUAUACCUCCUGCCCAAACUUGCCUUUUGAGCAACUUUUUGUUGCUGUUCUGCAUUAAUGUUACUUUUUAGUUCAAUAAAUGUCUUCUAUACUUUGG